AUGGGCAAAGCCUUCCGCCAUGGUUUCUACUGGCCAACCGCAAUGAAAGAUGCCGAAAACAUGGUCAAGGCAUGCAACGGCUGCCAGCGCUUCACCAAGAAGAGGCAUGCCCCGGCUUCCGCCUUGAAAACUAUACCCAUCACGUGGCCAUUCGCUGUGUGGGGCCUUGACAUGGUCGGCCCAUCCAGAACUGCUCGAGGCGGCAUGACACACCUCCUCGUGAUGGUUGACAAAUUCACCAAGUGGAUAGAGGCCAAGCCUAUCAAGAAAUUAGAUGGCUCCACCGCCGUCACCUUCCUCAAGGACAUCAUCGUGCGAUACGGCUAUCCCCACAGCAUCAUCACUGACAACGACACCAACUUCGCCCAAGGGGUCUUCUCCCGCUUCUGCGGGGAAAAGGGGAUCCAGCUGGACCUAGCGUCCGGGGCACACCCGGAGUCCAAUGGGCAGGUGGAAAAAGCCAACGGCUUGAUCCUGGCCGACAUCCGGCCCCGUUUGGUUGAGCCGCUGGAGCGAGCCGCCAGCUGCUGGAUCGAAGAACUGCCCUCCGUGUUGUGGAGCUUGCGCACCACGCCAAACCGAUCCGUCGGCUUCACGCCCUUCCUCCUCGUCUAUGGGGCCGAGGCCGUCCUGCCGAGUGAUAUCGAGCACGACGCACCCAGAAUCGAGCUAUACACCGAAAAGGACACCAAAGAGGCCCGCGAAGAUGGAGUCGACCUGGUCGAAGAAGCCCGGCUGCUGGCCAUGUCCAGAUCCGCUAUAUACCAGCAAAGCCUCCGUCGCUAUCACAACCGGAAGGUUCAACCCUUGGCAUUCCGUGAAGGUGACCUAGUGCUCCGGCUGAUCCAGCGGACAGCCGGCCUGCACAAGCUAUCCUCCCCAUGGGAAGCUGCGGACCGUAACCCGGCCGCCCGGCUGGCGGGGGAGAAGCCGAAGGGUGGGGCGGAUGAGAAAAAGCAAGUGGCGUGGACACAAGGCAAGCCGGAGCAUAAAAUGAUCAAGGAAACGCAAUAA